AUGUCUCACUUUCAAGAUGCAAAAAAAAAUACAAUUGUCGAAAACGAUCGCGUCUGGCAAUCCGGUCACCAAAGCAUUACAAUCGAUUUUCACUCAAUUUUAUACUUACGUGUCUUACUUUCCGUAUCUGAUUUCGAAGACUCUACUCCCGAUCUUGAUUACGAUAACAUAGAUGAUCAAUAUGGUACUUGUAAGUUCAUUGAGAAGGAUCCUGAGACUCGCUCGCUUUUAAAGCAAUCCGCUGAGGGUUCUGCGGUGGUUGCUAACAAUUCAAGAAAAAAGGAUGGUUUGGUCAACGGAGGAAAUAAUGACGAAGAAAUUGAAUGUUCCGAACGUGGUGGGAAUGGUAGAAAACGCGCGCACAAACAGUUCGAGAAUAUUCCUACACGUCAAGCGAAGAUGAAAAGCAAAAAAAUUGGCAUUCAAAUAUCUGAAGAUGCAUCUGUUGUGUCAGGAACGAGUUCUAUACCACGUUCUUUAUAUGAUGAUAACGGGUAUCAACUGAUCCCCGAGUCUAUCUCAUUUCUCAGCGUCUGUGAUUAUCGCGAGCUCUGUCUGCUGCUUGAAGGGAUAUUUAACCGCAUUCCGAAAAUACCCGAGGUAUUUCGUAUUGAGAAGACAACCCCAAAAUCUGAGAUUCUUGAGCAUCUGCAAAUAUAUUAUGAUGGUAUGAAGCAAAAAAAUUCUCGUCGCAAUUAUUUUAUUUUUGCUUUCAAGUACGGAUCUCUUGUCCGUUAUCUAUCACGCCGCCCUGAACUGAUUCAUUACGAAGAGCAGAAAAUGUAUUUAAAGACUUCUUACAGGUUGAUGAAGAGGCGGGGUAAACUUAGUGUCCGAGUAUAUGAAUUAUUCGGGAUUCUUGGUGAGCAAUCAUUGAAGAACGUGAACGCAAACACUAUGCUAUAUCUGGAAAAAAUCACCAAACCUCAGUUUAAACAAUUAAUCAGAUUUGUCAAAUCUGCGACAAAAAAAGGGCGACUCGACUCGCUAUGA